UCAUUUUAUACUUUGUAAAAUGAAGAAACCCUCUCAACUCACGUUAGCCGUUCUACUUAUCAUUUCCAUUCUUCUAUUAGGAACAGGAGUCCAAGGGAAGGUACCAUGCCUUAUACGUUAUGGUAACAAAAAUAACACAUGUUCAUUCCUAAGAUGUGAGAAACUGUGUGCCACGAAGCAUAAGGGAUAUGGUCAUUGUCGUCCUGGUCCUCCACCACACCCACGAGGAACAUUGAUUUGUUACUGCAACUAUCCUUGUUGAUAGACCUCACCAGUGCACAUGCUCUAUAUAUCAUUCCCGUUAAUUUCUAUUAUUUUUUUCCUACAGUAAUUAUCAAAUCAUACUUAUAAUAAGAGUUGUGUAUUAUAAUAACAACAGAACAUAUGUUCGGACUUUAUGGUCCGACUUUUUUUG